AUGAAGACUACUCUGGCCCUGCUUCUCAUCUCUCUGGCAUGCCACGGCCACGCCCUCAAGUGCCACACAUGCGUGGCGUCCAAUGAGGACGACUGCAACCGACAGGGCUCCAGCUCCUGCCCUCAGUACGCUGACGCCUGCUCCACCAUCACAGGACCCAACACCGUGAUGAAGUCGUGCUCGUACAAGGCUUUCUGCGACAAGGCUCAUGGCGUCGGCUCCGGAGCCAAGAUGGAAUGCUGUUUUGGCGACGACUGUAACGGGCCCCACCGGAGCCACAGCCACGGGGGUCACCAACAUAACAGCGUGGGGGCUCCGGCCUUCAGCCCCGUGCUGCUCAUCACAUCCCUGCUGCUGCGUGUGGCCACCAGUCAGCUGUGA